AGUAGGUAAUAUAACGGCUAUUGUGGGAUAUUUUCAUAAGGAAAAGGUUCUGCGAUUUGUUCCGGUGGCGGACAAGACCAGGAUGCACGGAGCUGCUACUUGUAUUCUACUGCUGGGAAUCUGCAUCCUGUGUCUCACCGAUCAAAGUGAUGCAGUAUGUAAAGACAGAAAACGUAAUUGUAAGGAACUGGCUGAGAUGGGAUUAUGUACCCAGAACAAAAAAGCAAACAAAAUUAUAAAGAAGUGCCGGGCGUCUUGCAAUCUGUGUUCAGCUGACACAGGAAAAGCAGCUGAAACAACAGGUGGCGCAGGGUGUACGGACAAGAAGCGGAGUUGUAAGAAAAUGGCUGCGAAGGGAUUUUGUACCGACAAGAAACAUGCAAAGAAAAUGAAGAAACGUUGCAAGGCGUCAUGCCAUCUGUGUGACACAAAGUGUGAGGACGAAAAGCGGAAUUGUAAGAAACAAGCUGGGAAAGGAUUGUGUACCGACAAGAAACAUGCAAAGAAAAUGCGGAAACAUUGCAAGAAGUCAUGCAAUCUGUGUUCGGGUACCUCGGGAACAGCUGGGACGGACACACCACAAGUGCCAGAGUGUAAAGACGAAAAGCCUAAAUGCAAGAAAUUGGCCAAGAAGGGGUUUUGUACCGACAAGAAACAGAAAAAGAAAAUGAGGAAACGUUGCAAGGCGUCAUGCAAUCUGUGUUCGGGUAACUCGGGAACAGCUGGGACGGACACACCACAAGUGCCAGAGUGUAAAGACGAAAAGCCUAAAUGCAAGAAAUUGGCCAAGAAGGGGUUUUGUACCGACAAGAAACAGAAAAAGAAAAUGAGGAAACGUUGCAAGGCGUCAUGCAAUCUGUGUAUCCAAAACAUGCCAGGCCGACCCAGUAACAGUGGACCAGAGGAACCAUGAAGAGAAAAUGACGAAUGUUUCAAUGUGGCACGAAAUUUCUGGAAGUUGCCCUGAGAAGCCCCCCUACCACCCCACCCCCCCCC